AUGAAAUCCUCAGUCUUAUCGACCAACACUUCUCUUCUACUUGAAGAGCCAGUUGAAUACAUUAAAGAGAGCUAUGUUUUUUGCCCAGCUCUAAUUCGAUUGAAAGUUCCCAACGGAGUGUAUGAGUAUCGAGCAGACCGUAGCUACCACUUUGGUUGGAUUUUAUGCUGUGUCGACAAUGAUGACUUCUUUGAUGCUCGUUUCCUUCAUGUUCUUAUUCUUAGACUAUCUCUUUCAUUUGGCCUUGCUCCUGAAUUAGCUGUAGCUGAUGUCCCGACAAUCCAACGCCGAUGCUCAGUCUGGACCACUGGUGUUUGCUGGGCCACACCUCAAGGAGUCAAAGUACUGGUUGAAGUGGUUGCUAAGAAAAAUGUUGCUGUUUUUAUUCAAGCAAAUAGUAUCUCGUAUGAAUCACUUAAGUUACGUUCUGCUGUAAUCAAGAAAGUUCUCGAAACUUCAAACAAAUUCUGUCAAUCAAUCAACACCAGAGAGUAUCUGCUGCCUCCUGCUAAUGUUUCUUACCCUCUUGACGUUUCACAGUCAAUGUUUAGUCUUGCAUCCAUUGCCCUUAGGAUUGUCAACCAAGAUCCAUGCGUCGUAUCAACCACUGGUAUUGAGCCUCUAGCAGUUAGUGAGCUUCUACAAGCAGAAGUGUACGCUGAUGUCGGUGAGAACAUUCUUCAGCUGCUUUUCAAUGAAAGUAACCCAGAAUACACUGUGAAAAUUUCCGAUCAAUUUCUCUCAAUUAUUUCUUCUUGCUGGUCUAAACAUCCAAUGCUCUUGAAAAUAAUUUUCUCGGCGAUUGCUAACGAAACUAAAAAUUGUUACAAUGGUCACAAUUUGGAAGAUUCUCUGAAGGCCUGGAGGGACAAUAGCAACGCCAGUUACAAGUCUCUUCGACAAGUUCUCGAUCCACUCAGUGUGUUUUCUGGAAGGAGCCCUCUGGAAUUGGCUGGGAUUCCUGGCAAUGACUAUUCUGAGGAUUUACUGAUCUCUGAAAAUGCAGUCAGACAGCCCACCAUUUCAGGUAAAAUAGCUGGCAAAGCUCUAACUAUUGAGGAGUUGAAGAGGAGGACUAGAGUUAGCGACACCCAGCUGGAUGCAGAGAUCAUAGAACACGACAUUCAACUCCUGGCUGGAUGCUUUGAUAAUGUGGACGACUACCUGGAUCAACUAGGACUGACUGCUGGUCAACAAACUGAUGUCAAAGACCAUGCCUAUCGACAUGGCACCGAAUCAGCAAUGAGAGAAGCUCUUAGAAAAUGGCGUGAAAGGAACCCCUAUGCUGCCACUUUUCGAACACUAGUGAAUAUCUCCCUGGAAUUGUGCAGGGGGGGAGUGGCUGAUAGACUGUGUAAAUACAUUUCAGAUAAAGUUCCAGGAGUUCGAAACACCUAUUAAAUGUGUGUAUAGAUAAAUUAUUCUUUGUAAUUAUUCAUUGUUGUGAUAAGAUCUAAUGCAUGACUAAA